AUGCAACACCAACUACCGGACAAUAUUCAACAAUUAAUUCAACAACAAAUUCAACAACAACUUCAACAAUUAAUUCCUCAACAAAUUCAACAACAACUUCAACAACAAAUUCCUCAACAUAUUCAACAACAUAUUCAACAACAUCCACAAAAAACUCGUCAACUUAUACCAUCUACUGAACCAGUAAAUAAAAUUGCAUUUCAAGACAUCAAUGUUGAAAUAAUCUUAAAAUUAACUCAAAUAUGGUUUAUAAAUAAAGUUAAACAUAAUUUAUUAAUUUCUAUGAUUUUCGUUGGACUACUUUCUUCUUUUAUUACCUGGUUAUUUUUCAAAUAAAUUUACUUAGAUCCGUAAUCCUUGCUUUUUCUUUUCGUUUUAGUUGUAUUCAUUAUAAGUAUAAGGAUAAAGAAAAAUCUUGUUCGAAAUCAAUAGGGUGUGGGUGUGGGUCAGGGUGUGGUAUAAAAAUAAUAUCCAUGCCCACUCAUCCACACCCACACCCACCCUCAAGAUUGCGGUCUAAUUAUGUCUGAAUUU